UUUUUUAAAAAAGUGAAAUUUGUUUCCUAAAAACUAUGGUCAAACACAUGUUAAAACUUCAUCCAAAAUUGACGUGCCAAAAUAUUUUGAAAAUCUGUGGCGAAAUGAUAACAUAAUACCAACCAACACUAUCUAUUCUAAGUCGCUGGUCAAAAACUAAAUUGGCAAAGAAGAAACUUAUUGCGUUUGCUGGAUUGGUAUGAGACUUCCCUGUUUUUCCCUCUAUAAAAGAAGACUAGAGCACAAAAAAUUCCCUCAAUUAGUUGAGAGAUGGUAGGUGUUAAGUUGCUUGGUUCAUGGUAUAGCCUUUUUACUAAAAGAGUUGAGUGGGCUCUCAAGAUUAAGGGAGUGAAAUAUGAAUUUAUAGAAGAAGAUCUACAAAAUAAGAGCCGUCUACUUAUUCAAUCCAAUCCUAUUCACAAGAAAGUCCCAGUGCUCAUUCAUAACGGCAAGCAUAUUUGUGAGUCGAUGGUCAUUGUUGAAUACAUUGAUGAGACAUUUGAAGGCCUUUCCAUCUUGCCUGAAGAUCCUUAUGAUCGGGCUAUUGCUCGCUUCUGGGCUAAGUUCCUUGACGAUAAGUGGCCAGCAAUGAUAAAAAGUAUCUUUUUCAAAGGAGAGGAGCAAGAAAAAGCUAAAGAGGAAGUUUAUGAGAUGUUGAAAGUUCUUGAUAAUGAGUUUAAGGACAAGAAAUUCUUCGUUGGUGACAAUUUUGGAUUUGCUGAUAUUGUUGCAAAUGCUGUGGCACUUUGGCUGGGAGUUUUUGAAGAAGCUUUUGGAGUUGUUUUAGUAACAAGUGAAAAGUUUCCAAAUUUUUGUGCUUGGAGAGAUGAAUAUUACACACAAAAUAAGAAAUAUUUACCUUCAAGAGAUGAAUUGAUUUCCCAUUACCAAACUUACAUUGAAGCUGUUGCUGCUUCAAAAUGAACAAUUCUAGUGAAUAUCAAGAUUGUUCGGGAUGUGUUUUUUGAAUUUAUAAUUGAAAUUGAUCUUGGAUUGAGCUAGCAGUAUGUAAGCAAAAAAUUAUUAAAAAUAUAUGUGUUAUAAAUGUAUUUACAUUACAGUAAAUGUCAAGAUUUAGUUUAUCUCACCUCUAUAUGAGAUGAUAAUUCUAGCAUUUUAAUAUAGAUAGUGUAAUAAAUUAAUCUUUAGAUUAUUUAAUACACCAGACUAAGCAUAAACAAAGCUAAUUUAAUAUUUUAUCCAAAAUUAUUUUUCAUAUUUGAUGUACCAAAUAACCCCUAAGUG